GAGUGAUCUUUCCAUUGCUUAAGCUGUACUUUUUGUCCCUGUUAUCAGUUUAGAAAAGGGGUGUUGAUAGGAAAACGACAGCACAAAGUAGACAGGAUCUUUCAUGCUGGCAUUCUCCUGUAUCCACAAAUAAGUGCUCAAAAGGCACUUCUUGUACAUUAUAGUAUCUGAUGGCUGCUACAGGAACAUGGUCAAUAUACAGUUCUCUUGCCAUGUGAGUCUGAAGCUCAAGAGGUUCUAACCCACCUCAUGAGGACAGGCUUUACAGCAUUCUCAGAGUAGCGUCAUGGCUGACCAGCGCUGCCCGUUCCCCCUUUCCCCAUCGGUGGACAGAGGUUCCACCUGCACCCCUGACUCCACCCUCACCUUAGCCCAGACAGAGGAGUUCUUUGACCAGAUCGCUACCUCUCAGAGCCAGAGGUUGAAUGACCAGAGGGCCAGUGUUAGCAACUUCCCUGAGCUGAAGAUUGCCCACAAAAACCUGGGCCAUCAGUGUGCCACCUGCGCUCCCCAGGAGCCCACCGAUGACUUCUUCAACAUGCUCAUCAAGUACCAGUCAACCAGGAUUGAAGAUCAGCGGUGUUCUCUCCCUGAACCUGGUUGCGGAGCUCUGUCUGGGGCAGACGAGGACUUUUUCAGCCUAAUCCAGAAGGUUCAGGCCAAGCGCAUGGAUGAGCAACGCGCCGAUCUUCAGGCAGAUGCACAGGAAGGAACAGACAUGAAGCUGUCCAAACCUCCUGCCGCAUCUAGCUAGAGCUCAAUGCACUCGCCAUGUCUCUAAGUGAUAACAUUGCAGAGGGCUAAUGGUUUAUACAAUGCCUCGAUUGCCAACUGAACAUAUCAGCUUACCACCAUGUGUUGGUGUUGCAUGUGUUGGUCGAUUCAAUUGAACAAAUGCAGUGUAGACGGCCUGGAAUGUGUCAACUCCUGCCUCACCUCAAGCCCCUACCGAGCCAUGAUUUGAAAGGUUGAACAUGAUGGUGUGGACAAACAGGGGUAAAGGAACAAUGGAUAGGUAUUUUGAAUUAUUUGGGAGGAAAAUAGGCUUCCUGUACCAAGGUAAUAUUGUGUGUAUGUGGGAGAUAUCUGUUCUACAAUGAAACUAUACUUACUUUUGUUAAAUUGGAACUGUGGUCAAAAACUGAGACCAUUGUAAUGUGCCUGACUUCUGUAGUGAGGCAUAUUACAAUAUUCUCCAUUUUUAGCCACAGGAUGGCAGUGUAGCAGCCAAUUUGAUGUUUUUAGGAAGACUGAUUCAGAGGUAUUUUUGCUGACUCAAAUUUCAUGUAAAAAAUUACCACUUUUUACCAGAUUAUCUGCUAAUUCCUUAAUAAUUCCUGUAAUCUUUCAACUGGGAUUUGGGGAAAAUCUAGGAAUUUGGGUUAAGUGACUUUUGAAACUCCAUAACCGACUCAAUGUAGAUGAAAAACUGUCUAAAGCUGUCAAUUCAAAAUAAAGAUAAAACAGAAUACCCACCAUAAUAAAUGCUUUACCGUUUGUUUUACUCAAUCAAAUGAGUGCAAUAUAAUAAAGGUACCUAUGACAUAUACCCCAAGU